UACAUGGGAGCGUUUAGUUUGACGCGUCGCUCGCUUUGCAGCGUGGACGCCGAACCCUGGACCAAUCGCUUUCGAAGGAAAUGUGAGCGCAAGGAAUUCCCCACACAGUCAAAACAGUAUAACCUUAUGUUAGGCAAGAGAAAGCGGCGAAGCUCGAUUAGAGCUUCAAAAACAAUGAGCUUUUAGAAGAUUCUGUCUUUGCAAAAAGAGGAUAAAGUUACUUCAGUUUAACAGAACUGGAUCGGCAGGGAGGAUUCAGAUGAUGACAGAUUGCUCAGGAAUUGUUUAAUUGAAAUGAUAGCAGUGUGUUCAUCACUUACCCCACGCUAACAUUUAAACCUGUAGAAUUAUGGCAUGUUAAGAUGAAGGUUUAGAUGCCCCAGACGCAGUUGGAGUGAGAAGAAUCCUCCUCCAUCACACAGUCACGUAGUCCUCCGCCACUCUGUACGUCAUCUGGAGAAAAAACCCCCCAGAAGCGUGCAGGACCAAAAAAGGGAACUCUGUUUUUGCCUAACAGUGCCUCUCAUUUUGUGAAAGCAGCAAAUUACCUCAGCAGUGUUCCUGCCUCAGAGUGCUUCCUGUGCCGAGGGGUGUGGUGUGGAGUGAAGCGGUCCGGGGAGUGCGUGGAGGGGUAGGAACCCUCUGCCUGUCAGCCUGUGUCCUACCCUUUCUCUCCCUACAACACCAUGACCACUGCGGUCCAGUCCAGCGAGCUUGUCUUUGAGUUCGCCAGUAAUGGGAUGGAUGAAAUCAAUCAGCUGGACGACCCUUCAGUGUUCCCAGCAGUGAUCGUGGAGCAGGUGCCCGCUGCCGACCUCAUGCAGGUGUACUCUGGACUGGAGGCAGAUGAGGUGACUAAUGGCAUCAUGGUGGAUGCCAUUCAGGAUGUGGUGGAAGAGAGCAUGAUGGGAGAUGUGGGGCUCUCUGUAGAGACCUCUGUCUCAAGUGGAGAGGACAAUAUGGAGACUAUCGAGGCGGCUGAGGCCCUACUGAACAUGGAAUCUCCCAAUAACAUCCUGGAUGAGAAACGCAUGAUUCACACAUAUGGGAACAUCCUGGAAUCAGACCUGACCUACAUUUCCCUGCGUCCAGAGCAGCUCUCAAACGGCUGCAUGGAUGUUCCCCUGGAUGAUGAGACAUCCUCCGUGGAUGAGAUCCCUCAAAGGAACCUUUCCAAGCCUGCCAGGAAAAGCAAAGUGCGCAAACCAAGACCAGUGCGGCCCUGCUCUCCUAUCACCAAUCCAACUCUCCCGUUGAAGAAAAAGAGCAAAGAGGGCAAAGGUAACACUAUCUACCUGUGGGAGUUCCUCCUGGCCUUGCUGCAAGACAAAAACACCUGUCCCAAAUACAUCAAAUGGACGCAGAGAGAGAAGGGCAUUUUUAAGCUGGUGGACUCCAAGGCUGUCUCCAAGCUGUGGGGCAAGCACAAAAACAAGCCUGAUAUGAACUACGAAACCAUGGGCAGAGCACUCAGGUACUAUUACCAGAGGGGUAUACUGGCCAAGGUUGAAGGACAGAGGCUUGUUUACCAGUUUAAGGAGAUGCCCUCAGAUCUGGUCAUUAUUGAUGAGGAUGAUAGCCAAGGGGACGAUGCCAGUUCUGGCUACGGAGGGCAACGGUCCACUCCUCACGGACGGGCAGUGGGCCACGGUUCAUCACGUGCACAUGGGAAGAGCGUGCAGGUGAAGUCAGUGAAGAGAGAGAUGAGUCCCGGGCUGAACGGCAAUGGAAAACAAGCAGAACAGCUGGUGCAGACCGUCCAUGUUCUUCAGCCAAAUCAAGGAGCUGCUGUCCCAGCGUCUACACACUCCGUGAGGACUAUAAAUAUGCCAGGCUCUGUUCCCAUGGUCCUCACAUCAGGAGCUCAAGGAGGUGGUCCAGUCACCCUGCAGACCUUGUCGCUGUCCUCUGUUCUGACCAAUGGGGAUUCCUCUACACAUGCCUCACCACCUCGGGUCAUUCUCCACACUGUGCCUUCCACCAGCCCUGGCAGUAAAGAUGUGCUCACCAUCCAGACUGCCUCUCUGACGACAGACAGCAUCCAGUCCCAGCAGCUCCUUGUGUCCACUCUGGGUUCAUCCAGUGGAGGGGUCAUCAGCACCACAUCACAGCAAGCCGGAUCUCUUAAUGGCAUCACCCGCCUGGUCACUCUCAAUGCCAACGGGCAGCCCGUAGUGGCCCAGCAGCCUGGAACGGUCAUCGCCACUGUCCUAAAGCCCAGUGAACUUCAAGGCCUGCAGGUGAAGGAGGAGAUCCUAGACCCCCAGUACCUCCAAUCUCUGGUCAACAGCAACCCUAGUGUGGCCUGGUAUGGCAAAGCUGAGCUCGAGGAAGGAGUGGCAGAGCUGAGCUACAGAACUGUGAUUAUCAACAGUGCAGGUCAGGAGCUGUACCAGACCCUCAAUGGACACUCGGACAUGGGCUUGCAGCUGGCCAGCAGCCCUAGUGAGGGCCUGACCCCCGUGGAGGAACUAGAAGUGAGGGGAGAAGUGGCUCUGCAUCCGGAGCCUGAGGCUAAAGAGCUGUUAGAGGGCUCUCAAGGUCUGCAAGAAUUGCAGGGCACCAUGCAGAUACCCGCAUCCCACUUCAUCCAGGUCAAGGCGGAACCGGCUGAGACCUAAACUUUCGGCUGAAGCAGGGGAAUGUGGACACAAUCGACCAACACGUGA